AUGUCUUCACUGUUUUCUCGAUGCUCUAUUUUCGCUUCAUGCUCCAAUCAAGGAAAUUUAAAUUCAUCACCUUUUAGCCGAGCUAAUGUGACAUCAGCUAUUAUACAAAGGCAAUCGGCAUUACGGCACCCUGGAAAUGCAGCUGAUUUUCUUGCUGGAAGAGCUGAUGGCUUGCAUAUUUUUGAUGGUUUCUCCCUCGGAAGAGAAUGUUAUUUUCCCGACUCAACAAAUAUUCCGCAUCCUAUUUCCCAUGGCAUUUUUUCUGCAAUUCCUCACUCAUCAACAAGUGUCCCUUUUUUCGGACAUCGAACACAGAUGUUUCAGAAUUAUACCUGGCCUUCACUUAGUAAUUCAAAUCCAUCGGCGGCUUCAGGUGAUCGGAGAAAUUCAGAACAAAUGAAUUUUCCGCCAGUUUUACUGCGUAAGCAUAAAAAUAACAGAAAACCAAGGACACCAUUCAGUAGCAGUCAGCUGAAAUCCUUAGAGCAGCAGUUUCACGGCAAACCAUAUCUUUCCAUAGCAGAAAGGUCGGAAGUUAGCAAAAAGUUAAAUUUAACGGAGACACAAGUUAAAAUUUGGUUUCAGGUUAGUCAACUUACAAAUUUUUAUCAUCCAUCAUAUACUGAAAGAUAA